GGUCCACGCAGCGCGCUGCCCCCGCGUCUCGACGUGUCACCGGCGGCGCCGCAGCUCUGGCAGGCGGAGCUGACUUGGGGAGUUGGAAGCGGCGGGCGGCUGUGGCGACCCCGGCCUGGACCUGCUCCGGUGCCGACGUGUUCCGGGUUCCGUGGGGAGCGGCAAAAGGAGGCGGCGGGCCGACCCGCGCGGGACGCGAUGUUGAACAUGUGGAAGGUGCGGGAGCUGGUGGACAAAGCCACCAAUGUGGUUAUGAAUUAUUCAGAGAUUGAGUCUAAGGUUCGAGAAGCAACGAAUGAUGAUCCUUGGGGACCUUCUGGGCAACUCAUGGGAGAGAUUGCCAAAGCUACAUUUAUGUAUGAACAAUUUCCAGAACUUAUGAACAUGCUUUGGUCACGAAUGUUAAAAGACAACAAGAAGAAUUGGAGAAGAGUUUAUAAGUCAUUGCUGCUCCUAGCUUACCUCAUAAGGAAUGGAUCAGAGCGUGUUGUUACAAGUGCCAGAGAACACAUUUAUGAUUUGCGAUCCCUGGAAAAUUACCACUUUGUAGAUGAGCAUGGUAAGGAUCAAGGUAUAAAUAUUCGUCAGAAGGUGAAAGAAUUGGUUGAGUUUGCCCAGGAUGACGACAGGCUUCGUGAAGAGCGAAAGAAAGCAAAGAAGAACAAAGACAAAUAUGUUGGGGUUUCCUCAGACAGUGUUGGAGGAUUCAGAUACAGUGAAAGAUAUGAUCCUGAACCCAAAUCAAAAUGGGAUGAGGAGUGGGAUAAAAACAAGAGUGCUUUUCCAUUCAGUGAUAAAUUAGGUGAACUGAGUGAUAAAAUUGGAAGCACAAUUGAUGACACCAUCAGCAAGUUCCGGAGGAAAGACAGAGAAGACUCUCCAGAAAGAUGCAGUGACAGCGAUGAAGAAAAGAAAGCGAGAAGAGGCAGAUCUCCCAAAGGAGAAUUCAAAGAUGAAGAGGAGACUGUGACUACAAAGCAUAUCCAUAUCACACAAGCCACAGAGACCACUACAACCAGACACAAGCGUACAGCAAAUCCUUCCAAAACCAUUGACCUUGGAGCAGCAGCACACUACACAGGGGACAAAGCAGGUCCAGAUCAGAACGCCUCUAGUCAUGCCCCUCAGUCUUCAGUGAAGACCUCAGUGCCUAGCAGCAAGUCAUCUGGUGACCUUGUUGAUCUGUUUGAUGGCACCAGCCAGUCAACAGGAGGAUCAACUGAUAUAUUUGGAGGAUUUGCUGAUUUUAGUUCAGCUGCUGCAUCAGGCAACUUCCCUUCCCAAGUAACUGCAGCCAGUGGGAAUGGAGACUUUGGUGACUGGAGUGCCUUCAACCAAGCCCCACCAGGCGCCAUUGCUUCCAGUGGUGAACUCUUUGGCAGUGCCUCCCAGUCAGCUCUAGAACUUGGUGGUGGCUCACAACCAGCUCUGGGCCCACCUCCAGCUGCCUCAAAUUCUUCAGACCUGUUUGAUCUGAUAGGCUCUUCGCAGGCAACCAUGACUUCUUCCCAGAGCAUGAAUUUUUCUAUGAUGAGCACUAAUACUGUGGGACUCGGUUUACCCAUGUCAAGAUCACAGCCUUUGCAAAAUGUUAGCACAAUGCUGCAGAAGCCUAAUCCUCUCUAUAAUCAGAAUACAGAUAUGGUCCAGAAGUCAGUCAGCAAAACCCUGCCCUCUACCUGGUCUGACCCCAGUGUAAACAUCAGCCUAGACAACUUACUACCUGGUAUGCAGCCUUCCAAACCCCAGCAGCCAUCACUCAACACAAUGAUUCAGCAACAGAAUAUGCAACAGCCUAUGAAUGUGAUAACCCAAAGUUUUGGAGCCGUGAACCUCAGUUCUCCAUCGAACAUGCUUCCUGUCCGGCCCCAAAAUAGCCCUUUGAUGGGGGGGCCCAUGCCUGUGAGCAUGCCCAGCGUCAUGACUGGUGCCAUGGGUAUGGCCCCUCUUGGAAACACUCCAAUGAUGAACCCGAGCAUGAUGGGCAUGAACAUGAACUUAGGAAUGUCAGCUGCUGGGGUGGGCCUGACGGGCACAAUGGGAAUGGGCAUGCCCAACCUAGCCAUGACUUCUGGAACUGUGCAACCCAAGCAAGAUGCCUUUGCAAAUUUUGCCAACUUUAGCAAAUAAGAGAUUGUAAAGGAGCAGAUUGAAUGAAGGAUUUUUAGUUGUGCAGAAAGGUGAUGUUGAGAUGGAAAAUGCUAAUCGACUCCCCUUUCUUUUAUCAAUUAAUUAAAAUAAACCUACAUAAAGAACCAAAAAGGCUGUUUUAUAAAAGUGAAGUACAUAGUAUUCCAUAUGGCUGGUCCAGCGCACUUCAGAUAAGGCAGUCAGACCAUCAGAGCCAUUUUCCCAGUGAGGAUAGACCAUAAGUGGGAUUGUGAGACCAUUAAAAGCCUUUGUAAAAUCAAAGAGCCCAUUUUAACAUCAUAAUUUGUGGGAAGACUGGAAUAGAGCUGAAUAAAUGUUUGAAUCUCUAAUUUUAUACUUUUCUUUUCCUGAGGAACUUGAUUUUCUGUCCCUGAAUUGCCUUGUCAUAAUUGGGUCUGUUCCUUUUACUACCACUCUUGAGUCCAUAUAUGAAAUCAUUAAAGUUGGAUGAUCAGUUUUUUAUAAAAAUAUAUAUUUUUGUCCAAAAGAGGCAUACAUAUGUGAUUAAGGCUAAAUCAAAGGUAACUGGAAUGUAUAUACUUUUGCUAAUGUUCCAGCAACACUGCUAUUCUACUGUCCAAAUUUUUAUUGUAACAAAACCUCUUUAAGCAAUUGGUGAUAGCUGUGGGACUUUCCCCUAAUUUCUGCUAUAAUUAUUCCAUGCAGAUCUAGAAAAAAAAAAUAUUUUUUUCAGGACUGCUGUAUGGUUUCCUUUAAAAGAAAAAAAAAAACCCUCCAGUAUUUUCGGGCGUUUUAUCAGUUGUCAUUUACAGUUUGCAGUGAUGCAGUUGACAAGGCUUCCUUCUGUGUUUAAUCCCUGUACCACACCAUGUAACUGUCCCCAACAGUUGGAAGAGAAAAAUAUUUAUUUUUAUGCUUUUAGUGUCUUUUCAAAACAUUGAAAAGGUGAAAAUCCAUUCAACCCUUAAGUUAAAGGUAAAUGUUAGAAAUCAACAAUAUUGGCUUUUAGAUUUUAUACAGUAUUUGUUUUGUUUUGGUUUUGAGUGUAUAUAAUAUGGCAUUAGCAGUAUGGCCCCGAUAGAGGAAUUAAAUAUCUAUUAUUAAAGGAGACCUGUAGCAGUCAAGAGAUUUUAUUGAUUUAAUGGCAAAUAAAGGAAAUUAAUUAAACUGUUUUUGUUUUCCUGCUGUAAUUCUGCAUUAAGCUCACAUGAAAAUCAUGAUUCUUGAGUUUGGAAUGCAAAAUUGUUUCACCCUCAAGCUGGGAAUAUUUUUUAAAAUAAAUACUAUAAUAUAGGUUUCAAAUUAUUACCCCCCCAACUUGUGUUGACAUUUUUUUUAUUAAAUUGAUAAAACUUUGUUUCCAUUGUAUUCAUAAUGUUCUGUUAUAUGUAACAUUAAAAUGUUCAUUAAAAUCAAUGUUGAACUGCUUUUUCUUUCAUUCUGUUAGAUAUUUGAGACCAUUUGGGGAAAAAAUAAUUAUAAUUUGGGCAAAGUAAUUUUUAUAAAUAAUUUAAAAUUAUUUAAUGACUUCUUUAUUCUUUCCUAUUAGACUCUACUGUUAGGAAUUAAAAAUGAAGCAGCAAAGAUAUCCUGACCUGCUCCAUUCCUGCUAAUGUUCCAUCUACAACAUUUCUAAUUAGGCAGAAAUUCAUGUACUUCAGCUAAGUGGUAAUGAAAAGUGAUUCAUUUGCUGAAUAAGAGAUGAGAGAGAGUGUAAUUAGCUGACUGUGGUUUUUAAUCUUUCAACAAUUCAGUGUGUUUAAAUUAGUUUCAAAGAAUAGGGGCUUUCAAGUGUUGUUACUUCAGAGCAAUCAAGCCAGGCUAUGGUGGCAGUCUGGAGAAUAUCUUCACUGAUACUUUAAAGACAACAUCUUAAAUGGAUAGUUUCUUUAAAUUGAUAGCGGUGUUUAAGAUUUUCAAAUACAUAUGGCUCUUGGAUGAGGUAAAUGUUUUGUUUCUGAACUUU